GGGGAGGAAGGAGGCGGAAGUGUGGCUUGGCCGGUCCUGUCCGCCGCCCCUGCCGCUGUCUAUUACGUAACCCCCGCCCCGGCGGCGUCUCCCCCGCGGCCCGGGACAACCUUGCAGGUUGCGCUGAUGCGCUCCAGCCCUCGCACCCGUCGCCGCCUCUCCUACAAGGUGUGAAUGACAGAGGAAGUGCCCUCCACUGCACUCAGUGAGGUCAACCGGCGCCUUCUCUGCCAUGAUGACAUAGACACAGUGAAGCAACUCUGUGCCGACUGGUUCCCCAUUGAGUAUCCUGACUCAUGGUAUCGUGACAUCACUUCCAACAAGAAAUUCUUUUCCCUCGCUGCCACUUACAGAGGAGCCAUUGUGGGAAUGAUAGUGGCGGAAAUAAAAAACAGGACAAAAGUACAUAAAGAGGAUGGAGAUAUUCUAGCCUCCAACUUUCCUGUUGAUACCCAAGUUGCUUACAUCUUAAGCCUAGGUGUGGUGAAAGAAUUUAGAAAGCACGGAAUCGGUUCCCUCUUACUGGAAAGCUUGAAGGAUCAUAUAUCUACUACAGCCCAAGACCACUGCAAAGCCAUCUACCUGCACGUCCUCACCACCAACAACACUGCAAUAAACUUUUACGAAAACAGAGACUUUAAGCAGCACCACUAUCUGCCCUAUUAUUAUUCCAUUCGGGGAGUCCUGAAAGAUGGCUUCACCUAUGUUCUCUAUAUCAAUGGAGGGCACCCUCCGUGGACAAUCUUCGAUUAUAUUCAGCAUAUCGGCUCUGCGCUAGCCAACCUGAGCCCUUGUUCAAUUCCUCAGAGAAUUUACCGCCAGGCCCAGAGCCUUCUUUGCAGCCUCUUGCCUUGGUCGGGCAUUUCUGCCAAGAGCGGAAUCGAGUACAGCAGGACAAUGUGACUUCAUGUAGAAGACCGCCAUCCCCCCCCGGAAAAAAGCCAACGAGAGGCUUAUCCCAUCAUUCUUCAGUUGAAACCACCUAAUUCUGCACUGAUUCCUGCAAACUUGACCUCCCUGUCCACCAGGUCCUCUAAAAUGCCCGCCCUCCAUAAAUGAGCCAAGGCCGGGCUGACACUGAUCCCAAUUUGCCAUACCUUUAACCUCCCCUCCAGGUGCAGGAGAGGCUUACCUCUGCCCUCAUAGAGGGCGGCCGCCCAGGACCUGCCCUUCCGCAGCCAGCUGGGGAGCAGCAAAGUCUCAUCACUGGAACGAGCACGCUCUUUUCUGAUCCAGUUGCUUCCCUCAUCACUUUACCGAGUCCUCCACGUGGCCUCAGCUCCGAAUUAAUUGGCCGGCUGGACCCCGGAACAGAUUGGAAGUGAGAAAGUGGGGCAGAUGAGGAGAUCGCACAAUGCUUUUGCAGCACCUGUGUGAGAAACCGAACCCCACCGCCCCGCGAUGCCAUGGCCCCCUGGUUGGCGCAGCGGAGAGAAGAUGCUGACUUAAAAACCACCCUGGCCCUCCCUCUGAGGCUAUCCAGCCUGCCAAAGUCACAGUCACCUGGCGUCCUUGACUGCAGAUGGCGGCUUCUUACGGCCUAGGCCUCUUUUGGCGGUCAGGCCCAGACCCUCUCGCACCGCCCCCAGCCACCACAGGAUUUCCAGAACAAAUGGACCGGUGAUCCUCAGAUUCCGUUGGAUGGGAGACCGAUGAACUUGUGCUGGGAUGGUCUGGCAACCAGGGAUAAUUCCCCAUUCUGUUUCUUUCACAUCCUCAUUAGUAUCUGAUUUCAAUUAUGCCUUGGGGACGGGGAAUGAAAUUGCUUUUUCUUACUGAAAUUCUAUGUUUCUGAGCUAGUGUCCAAGGGCUGGAGCACAGUGGCUGAAUCAUUAGAGUUCCCAAGGCACAGUGGCUGAAUCAUUAGAGUUCCCAAGGCCAGGCCUUAAGAAAUUCUUUCCAAUUGUUUCCCUGUUAUUCCUGAGGAAUUCUUUCCGAUGUUUCCCCUGUUGACCUUCCUUCUCUUCCUCUUCCUUCCCACCUAGAGCUUCCUAAGGCCUCACGUGAAUCAGCCAGCGUGAACUACCUUAUAAGUAGGAAGAAAUUAAUGCGGGUCAGAAUUUACAGCUUCGGAGCUACAGUGACUAGAGAAAUGCUGGUGUGGGCUGAGGCCCACGCUUCAUUUCUCAGCCUCUGAGGAAGCCAAUUUCAAUUCCUCCAGGGCGGAUAAGGCCGUGGCGGUAGUUAGACUAUUUCAGUACUGUAAAACCGGGCUCGCAGCAUGCUCAUCCGUUGUGUGACCCUCUGACAUCCCCCUCCCUUAAAUUCCGCACCCCUAAAGGGUGGCGAGAGCAAAGGGCACAGGGUCAUCAGUAUUCCGUUAAACCACUGCAUAGUGUUACGAGUUCAACCCUCCCUCCAAGCGUGCGAACAACCGCCCAAAUAUAACCGGAUUUCCCAGCACCUGAUUCCACCCACCCUCCCAGCAUGCUCGAAGGAGACCGAUUGGACCUCUCUGCCCCUCUUUUUCCACUGUCCCGGUGGUGGGGAAGGUGUAUUUUAGAGACCUCUUUAGAUGAAGGUUGCCAGCACCCUGGCAGCACCCUGUUGUCCCCUGCUGGCAGGCACUAGGGCGGUAACUGGCACGUGUAACUGUUGGAGCAAAGUAGGGUCUCGGUCACCUUCUAAACCAGUCCAGACUACUGCGAUAGCUGGCCAGGUGCUCUGAGGCCCUAACGUGCCCUCUUAUUUAAUAAAUCCAGAUUAUCAUCUGGUUUGGGUUUUUUUGGUGAUGAGGGGUGGGGACGAAUGUUCCCGAUUCUAAUAUUCGCCCUGUAAUGUUUAACCAUUCAGCAUUCAAUCAAGAAGGGAAUUGCCCCCGUGCCCGCCCCAUCACCAUGGAGUUUAAUUCAGUGUUGAAUGGAUUGUAGUGUUUUGUCUGUCUUAUUACAAAAAAUUAAUAAAAUCUUAAGUCAA